AUGUGGUUACGAAAAGUAACGUUUUUGGUGAGGAAAGUGCACGUAACAGUAACAAAAGAGGCCCGACAAGUACAUGAAUGGAUUCUUUCGAUAUGCAGUAUUCACAUCGAUUUCUCGAAGAAUCUUUUAAUAGAUUUUAUUCCGGUUUCGCUCCACGCCUUUUUAGCCGAUCCUCGCCACACGUUUUGUGGGGUCGGUAUCAAAGAUGACGUGGACAAAUUAUACGAUCAUCACAAAUUACGCGUGAGAAAAAUCGCGGACCUGAACGAUCUUGCAAGACUGGCGACGAUCAACAGCCAAAGUGGAAACGGAGGGUACAAAUACAUGGGAUUGAAGAAGAUGGCGUAUGCGGUUCUUGGAAAGAAGAUGGAGAAGCCAUUGAACGUGACGCUCAGUAAGUGGGACACUGUGGAGCUCGAUCGUGAUCAAAUUGAAUAUGCAGCCAUUGAUGCGGUAGUUUCUUACCAACUUGGUUAUACACUGUGCUCGCCGAUUUAUCGUCCGCAGCCAGGCUCUAUCGUAGUUGGACGACCUGGAUUGUUAUUAGUUUAG